AUGUGCCCAGCUCAAGAGGGCCAGGGGAAGGCAAGGCUGGCCAGGACGGUCGGGGGAAAGCGCCUGAGCCCUUCUCGCUUUCUGUGGCAAAGCCUUAAAAAUCCCUUAAAACGUUAUGGAAACGUUACCGGAAAGCUGGUGGCUGGUAUUAAUGGCAAUGACCCGAGGUCUCCCUUCUCAUCUCUCUCCCCUGGGGUUCCUUGUGUGAUUUCAGAUGUUGACGAGUGCGCAGAAGCUACGGAUGACUGUCACAUCGAUGCAAUUUGCCAAAACACACCGAAAUCCUACAAAUGCAUCUGCAAACCGGGUUAUAAAGGCGAAGGGAAACAAUGUGAAGAUAUUGACGAGUGUGAAAAUGACUUCUACAAUGGAGGUUGUGUCCACGAGUGCAUCAACAUUCCAGGCAACUACAGAUGUACAUGCUAUGAUGGGUUCAUGUUAGCCCACGAUGGCCAUAACUGUCUUGAUGUUGACGAGUGUCAGGAUAACAAUGGAGGGUGCCAGCAGAUUUGUGUAAAUACAAUGGGCAGCUAUGAAUGUCAGUGCAAAGAGGGCUUUUUCCUGAGUGAUAACCAGCAUACCUGCAUUCAUCGCUCCAUUGAGGGUAUGAACUGUAUGAACAAAGAUCAUGGGUGUGCACACAUCUGCCGGGAGACGCCCAAAGGUGGGGUUGCCUGUGAAUGUAGGCCUGGCUUUGAACUUGCCAAAAACCAGAAGGACUGCAAAUUAACCUGUAACUAUGGGAAUGGAGGCUGCCAGCACACCUGUGAUGACACAGAUACUGGUCCUGUGUGUGGCUGUCAUCAGAAGUAUGCCCUGCAUUCAGAUGGCCGAACCUGCAUUGAGAAGGAUGAGGCUGCAAUUGAGAGUUCUGAGUACAAUGCCACGUCAGUAGCUGAUGUGGACAAGCGGGUGAAACGGCGGCUACUUAUGGAAACAUGUGCUGUCAAUAACGGAGGCUGUGAUCGGACUUGCAAGGAUACUGCGACAGGGGUACGGUGCAGUUGCCCAGUCGGAUUUACUCUGCAGCCUGAUGGGAAAACGUGCAAAGACAUUGAUGAGUGCUUGGUAAACAAUGGUGGCUGUGACCAUUUCUGCCGAAACACAGUUGGCAGCUUUGAAUGUAGCUGCCAGAAAGGCUAUAAACUGCUCACAGAUGAACGGACCUGCCAAGAUAUAGAUGAGUGUUCCUUCGAAAGGACCUGUGACCACACCUGCAUCAACUACCCUGGAAGCUUUGAAUGUCUCUGCCAUAAAGGCUACACCUUGUAUGGACUGACACAUUGCGGAGAUAUUGAUGAAUGCAGCAUCAGCAAUGGUAGCUGUGACUAUGGGUGUCUCAACACAAUGGGGAGCUACGAGUGUGUCUGUCCACCUGGAAAGAAACUUCAUUGGAAUAAAAAGGACUGUGUGGAGAUGGUGAAAUGUCUCCCAAAUGGCAAACCAGCUGCAAAGGCUCAGCUAGUGUGUAGUAAGACAGGAGGCAUAGAAAGCUGCUUCCUGUCCUGCCCAUCCAAUACUCUUUUUGUUCCAGAUUCGGAGAACAGCUACACGCUGAGCUGCGGCGUCCCCGGCCCCCAGGGCAAAGCUCCGCCAAAGCGCAACGCCACGCUUCCCAGCUGCGCAGAUUCAUUAGCCCCUCCAAUCAAGCAGAAAGCUCGUUUUAAAAUUAAAGAUGCAAAGUGCCAUUUGCGGCCUCGCAGCAAAGAAAAAGCGAAAGAGUCUGGGAAGCAAGCUGUGUUAGGAGGUCAAUUCCCUUGUACAGACAACUGCCAGGUGACCUUUGUGAAUCUCAAGUGCGAUUCCUCCAAGAAAAAACGCCGGGGCCGCAAGUCACCAUCAAAAGAAGUGUCCCAUAUCACUGCAGAGUUUGAAGUGGAGAUGAAGUCAGAAGAAGUCUCAGACACCUGUAACAUUGACUGCGUUCGGAAAAGGAUGGAGCAGAAGCUGCAAACUGCAAUCAAAACAUUGAGGAAAUCUAUUAACAAACAGCAAUUUUACAUUCAGUUUUCUGGGACAGACUAUGAAGUGGCUCAGAAGCCAGCUAAAGCUACUGAAGGGCACGAAGCUUGCAGUACAGGGCAAGUGCUGCAGGAGGGAAAAUGCGUUACCUGCAGCACGGGCACCUUUUAUAGCGGAGAACAUAAUCAGUGCGUUCCUUGCUCGCCAGGAACAUACCAAGACACAGAAGGUCAACUUACCUGUGAGCCUUGCCCAAGUAACGAUGGACAGGGAGUAGCAGGCGCCCGGAACGUAUCAGAGUGUGGAGGGCAGUGUUCUCCUGGACACUAUUCUUCAGAUGGUUUUAAACCUUGUAGAGUCUGCCCUCUUGGUACGUAUCAGCCUGAACCAGGAAGGACCCUCUGCUUUCCAUGUGGUGGUGGGCUUGUGACCAAGUAUGAAGGUGCUGUUUCAUUCCAAGACUGUGAAACCAAAGUUCACUGUUCUCCUGGACACUACUACAACUCCACAACACACAGAUGUAUCCGGUGCCCCGUGGGAACUUACCAGCCUGAGUUUGGCCAAAACUACUGCAUCACCUGCCCUGGCAACACAAGUACAGAUUUUGAUGGCUCCACUAAUGUUACGCACUGCAAAAACCAGCACUGUGGAGGAGAACUUGGGGAUUAUACUGGCUACAUUGAAUCGCCCAACUAUCCUGGAGACUACCCAGCUAAUGUUGAAUGCAUUUGGAAUAUAAACCCACCCCCAAAGAGGAGAAUACUCAUUGUAGUGCCUGAGAUAUUUCUCCCAAUUGAAGACGAAUGUGGUGAUGUUUUAGUAAUGAGAAAAAGUGCUUCUCCUACUUCGAUUACUACAUAUGAAACAUGUCAGACUUACGAGAGACCUAUUGCAUUUACCUCAAGAUCAAGGAAGCUAUGGAUUCAGUUCAAGUCAAAUGAAGGAAACAGUGGGAAAGGAUUUCAAGUCCCGUAUGUGACUUACGAUGAGGAUUAUCAACAGCUAAUAGAAGACAUUGUUCGAGAUGGACGAUUAUAUGCUUCAGAAAAUCAUCAAGAAAUUCUAAAAGACAAGAAACUGAUCAAAGCUCUCUUCGAUGUCCUGGCACACCCACAAAACUAUUUCAAGUACACAGCACAGGAGUCGAAAGAGAUGUUUCCGAGAUCAUUUAUAAAGCUACUGCGAUCAAAAGUGUCCAGAUUUCUACGACCAUACAAAUAGUCUAGUGGUAUUCAAUUUGGGGUUACUUUGCAUUCUUUGUCAAAUAUUGUAUUUCCUCCAUAGUAGAAACAUUUGCUAAUUGGGAGGCUCUUUUUUGCCGUCUUGAUUUUCAAUUGUAUAUUGAAGAAUACCUAUAAUGUUUUAUAACUGUUAAAAGCCAAUGUUCUGAAUGGGAUUUUUACUACAAAGAAAAAUAAUUGUGGAUCCUUGAGUGCAUCCAGUUAAAGAUCCAAAUUUGUGUCUGCACUAGUGUGUCUUCACUUUCCAUUUGAAAUUACAAUUCGUAGAAAAUAUUCUUUCUAGCUUUUUACUUUCCAUGAAAAAAAAUUCUCCAAAGCAUAGAAGGGAACUAUUCAAAUCUGAUCAAACUACCUGCACAUAAGUUCUGUUGUAGAAAGAAGUAUGUAGUAUAAAUAAUAUUUGGAUUUUGAAUUGCACUUGAACUUUAUAUUUGAAUCUUUAGAAGAAAACAAAACAAUCUAAAUUUUGUUAUUUCUCAUUUGUGGUUUAGUGGAACCAUUGUCCAAGUAGAAACCAAAAGGGAAGAAAAGAGAGAAAAAAAAGAAACAGAUGUAUAAUUUUGUUUUAUGAAUUACAUAAGAUUGAGUCCCAUGCCCUGUGUUUUAUCUGUCCUCUUCUAAACUUCUUCAGAGGUUUGCCACUGUCUAUUAUUUUCUGGAAACUGGUGUAGCUAUGGAGUUUUAUACACCAAUUGGUCCCUUUGAAGGCAUUUACAAUAGGAUAGAUGAGCAGUGAACAACAACAGCAACAAGUAGUAGUCUGGUUUUCUUUCCGUUAAUAGAGCAUCUAAUUAAGUACAAUAUAUAAAUAUAUAAAUAUAUACUUCUAUUUGUGGGUACAUUAGUAAUGUUAUCUUUAGUUACUGUAAAUAUUAAUCAUGCUUAAAUCUUUACUCCCACACACACUAUUUACUCAUAUCUAUUUGUAACUUCGCUUAGAUGAUUAAAUGACUUCUCCAAGUGCUUGUCACUUCUGUGAACAUGAAACUGAAGCCUUUUGGAGUUUUAUGGUACAGGAUAAUGUUUUUUUUCUUGGACAAUCUCUUUCAGCAUACAUUAUUCCAGGAAGAAUAACAUCAGUUAAGAUGCAACUGCUCUGCAGUAUCUUGGUCAGUAAAGGGUCAGUUACUGCUGCUUCCUUGGGCCCGCUCAUACCCCAGGCAGGAGGUACCUGAGGACGGCACGCUUGACAGGAGCUCGAUCUUUAUGUGAGAUCUGCCCUCCAUAAACCUGAUUUUCUUGUAAGGAUGUUGAAACUACUUUUAUUAUGUAUUCACUAUGGGAUACUAAAGGUGGACAUUUGAAGGAGAACAUGCCAUCACUCCUAGAUUUAGCGUAUGCAUGGAAUGAAAAAAAUAUAGCUACAUGUGUUCUUUUUCUUGACAGAAGUUAUUUGUAGAAAAAAUGAAUCUUUAAAAAGCAGUAAGUAAUCUUUUUAGGUACUCAGUCAUGUAUAAGUCUAUAGCUAAAAAAAACACUUCAACCAAACUUAGUACUUCAAAGUCUGAUAAGUUAUCCAGAAUGAUUUGGUUGGGAUUACGGCCGUCCUACUGCCUGACAGAUAUUGGGAAAUUGUUCAGAAUUCUCAACAGAAGUCACAAAAUUUAACAAAAAAAAAAAAAACUUCCUCAUUUCCUGAAGGAUGAACAAUGAUCUUUCUUCAGUAAGAGAAGUUUGGAGCCUGAUGCUGAGCAGUGGCUGUAGUAAAAUCUCUGCUAAAAUUUCUGCUUAGCAACCCACAAGUUUGGCCAUAAUGUCACUGUAAGAUAGUCGCGACGUGUAGGACAAACUUCCUCUUUGGGACAGAGCUGCGAGGUGCUGCCGUACAUGUCCAGAAACCACUGGCAGUACUGUAACUUGCUUCAGGUGCUCAGCCAAGGAGGGGUAUCUCAGGGCCAGACAGUGCCUGUGGGAGGGACCUGUCCUGGCCGCAGCCACGGUUAGGGGGACACGGGCACAGCUGCACACCACUACUACAGGACUAGCCGCAUUUAGCGCUGGACAGCUCACCCUGACUUACGGCCAUGCGAGACAAAACGGGUGCUUUGCCUAAUUCAUCCUGACAGGCAAGGUGAGAGGUUUGGGUUAGCCUGUAUUCCCUGGAGCCGCAUCAGGGCCGGGACUCUGCAGGCAGGACAACGUGCCCAAUGACUUCUCCUGUAGCAAAAGCAGGAUUUGUGUUAUUAUGCCCUUUCUCUGAGAGCAGUGAAAGAAAGGGAAUAAUUUGGCCUUCAUAAUUACAUAGUGAAAUGCUUCUGAAUACAUAGGGGUUUCUUAUGGGAUAUAUUUAGAAAAUAGUCAGGUUUUGAAUGUUGGCAGCUCUGUAUGGAAAUGCCACUGGAUGUGAAAAUUUCUAAUAAAAUAAGUAACGACAAGGGGUAUGGAAAACUAAGCAGAUUUCACUUGACGUACGCUGAUUUUUACAACCCCGUAAUUUUUACAUCAGCACUAGAAGUAAAGAAACGCUUUGAAGAAUCCCAUCCAAAAGUAUCUUAUCACUUUCAGAAGGACGUAAGGAUUUUUCACGCUAUAUUUGUAGUUACAGAAACCGGCAUUCACCAAAUAGAAUGGAGCUGAGCUUCUCAUUUGUUAGUGUAGGUGUCUGAUGCUUUCAUUGUCAGGAGGUUCCGAACGUAAGCUUACUAUUAUAAUAAAAGUACAAAAAUAAGGAAUGUCAUCUUUGUGGAGAAAACCUAGACAAAUUUGGGAAUCAAAACCUGUGCAGGGAGAAUAGGGCCUUCUCUAAGAAAAGCAGCUUCAUGAAAUCAAUCAGUACAUUGCCAAAUAGAAAAUUUUGGCCUUUACUGUAAACAUGAAAUACUGCAUUUAAACUUACUCUAUAAAUACAACCCUGUAUUUGGUCUGGCAGCAUUACAUGUUGUAUGUGGAAUAGGUGUAUGUGGAAUAGGUGCAACAACAUGUUCACAUGCUACUACUACAGGAGGCUGAAGAAGCCUAAUUUGUGAUUGCCUAAUUCCACAUCACAAACUGAACUUUUUGUUUUCCGUUUGCAAAUGCCUAAACACUUAAAAGCUGUACCUGUAGCACUUAUUAUUUUAAGCCUCUCCUCCUGCACUUAUUUUUUAGCGAGAUGGUGGUGACCCAUCUGAACGUUUUCAUGGGCCACCAAUAGCAGCCUGCAUGCCUGCUGCAAUCCAGCAGGUUGCAACAAUCAGAAAUUGCUAAAUAACCAAGCCCUAAGUCAUCCUGUGACAGCGCUUGUUAGUGAUUGCUGUGGGCCAAGUAAGUGAGUGUGUGUGUGUGUGUGCGCGCGCCUGUGCGUGAUUUGAGUACAGGAAGCAUCAGGAUUCUGUAUUCAGUGGGCCAGACUGCCACCUGCGUCUUGCCCACAAUAGCAAGACUUACGCUGCCUGAAGAUUUAAUUCACUAAAACUUGAUAUAAAGUUUCUUUCAGCCCAUUUUUUUCCUUCUGCCUCCCUCCUUCCGUCAUAUAUUAGCUUUUUACCUAAAGACCAACUUCUGAAAAAUGUAUUUCCUCACUGUGCCUGCCCCAUACAAUAAAGUUAAAUCGCACGGUGCUGUAGUUACUGAAGAUUGGGUCUAGUCCCAUGUUUACUCUUCAAACCUGGCUCUGCAAUUUGGUGAUAAUUGGUACAAUUCUUUUUAGCUGAGCACAGCAAAAGCCGUGUGCCUGAACUUCCCAAACUUUAGUGAGCCAAAAUAUGCAUCUGGAUUUCACAUCAGAUGUAUGUCUCCAAUAAUAGGAACUGCUGCCCUACCAAAAAAAUUUUCUUCUGUUCUGUCACGUUUUAUUGACAUUCUAUAUAUAACCAUCUCUUGGAAUAUGGAAAAUCACAGCAUACAAAAUCCUAGGAGCAAUUUUUGAUGUGCAGCCAGCGUGUGCGCAGUGUACAUUCAAAAAGCUUUAAUUACCUUUGGGGAGGCUUUAGUUAUUGAAGUAUGGCAGCAGGAAGAAUUUCUGAACUUUUAUGAAAACCACCCUGUUCCUGUGCUGAAUCUCUGAAAAAGGGAGAGCCUUCUGCUUCGUCUGUGAAAUUCUUCACUCAGUGUAUUUUGUUUAACUUGUACCGCAAGUGAAUGUCUCUUUUCUCUUUGGUGAGACAAACAUGCUGGAAAAAGGUUCAUCUGAAAAUGAUUUUCAGACCUAAAAUUUCAAAUAAGGUACAAAGACAAAAAAGGCUUUGUUGUAACAUGUAAAACAACACUGUACCAAAGAAGGAGGGGGAAAAAAAAAUCAUUUAGACCAAUGCUGCCCAUGCAUCAGCUUUAUAUUAGGGUAGGCGUACUGACAUCAGUAGAUUUACUAUGUUUUAGACUAGCUUAAAUAAGCCCCGGCUUGGUCACAGAGUUUUCAGGGAGUCUGUGUUUUGAUUUGUCAGGUGGUUUCUAAAGAGCACAGCUAACCUGUCGUCCUCAGUCCUGUAAGUAGAACAGAUGAUGCCACAUAAACAAGAAACAAGCUCACAGGUGUUAAACUUUCAAAUAGGAAAGUCGAAGCCAACCCCUCACCCCUUUGUGAGCCUGCCCAACAGACUUGAAUGUGUCAGAUCAGUCUUAUCUCUAAAGAGCACUGUUUUAAUCUUGCAGAUAACAAUUUUUAAUACAAUCUUCAGGAGCAAAAGGAGUGGUAUGAUUCUUAUGCAGGAACUGCUGACUGGUCUUUAACAGUGCAGAUGUCUGGACUCUAAAUACUUUUGAAUGCUCUUAAAAAAAAAGAAGCUGGAGCAAAAUCUUCAACCAACUGAAUUCAGUGGCAAAUUUCUCAAACACCGCAGGGGUCUGGAUUUUCCCUUUUUCGCAUUAUGGGAAUGAGCAACAGACCCAGUUACUUGUACCCAUGUCAUGGUUUCAGCGUUGCAUUUCUUUCAUAGUUUAAAGCCACCGUUUGACAGGAACGGUAGUAACGGGAGAAGUUCUCUAGACUCUCAAUACUUUGAGACGUUAAUGAAAUAGUUUUCUAGAAUGAGAGAAUGUUGUAAGCACUUGGGGGAAAAAAAAAACUUUUGUCUCCCAUAAGAAUUCAUGGAAGAAGGGCAAUUUUUAUAAGUUCAUGUAAACUUGUUCCUCAGUAUCAGACUUGGAUUUAGAAGAAGUUUCAUGUUUUAUCAUCACAUUUUCCACCUGAAUAGGAACAUACUGGGAAAUAAACUCUUAAUGGCAAAAAACUGUUAUCUAAGUAUCUGAAUAUAUACAAUUCCAGUUUGUUAUUUCAUUUAUUUAUUCUGUUUCAUCACUAAGUUUUUAAUCUAUAAAAUGAAUAUGUAAUAUACAAGAGUAAAAUGUACAGAAGGACCGUUAGAUGUAAUAAUUUAAACCAUCUGUAUUCAGAAAGCGGAGAUAACAAGUUUAAACAUAUGCAAACAAUUGCAAUUCAGUUUUAGCUGAAUUUCUCAAUAUCUAGGAAAAGAAGUGGCUUUGCUUAAUUAAACUUUAUUUUAAUGAUUGUGAAAAUGUAUUUUUUAGAGUUUGUUUUUGUUACUUUUUUAAUUAAAAUUAUUUUGUAAAUAUUGUUUUCUAUGUUUUAUACCUUGGAAAGGCCGCUAAUUUGCAUUGACAGCAGCAGAUACUCAACAUGAUGAUUAAAAAUCUACUUUAGGAUACGAGCAUGCAUGUGGUCAGUUGUGAGAUUCACCCUUCUAGACUACUGCUCCUGUUAUUGCUGCAGUCUCACUGGGAUCAUAGAACAGGGUUGCUGGGGCAGUUUAACCUGCUAAUUUUCAUAGAGUUGACUGUCCAGUGUCAUUCUGAAGUGCUCACCAUUUUCACAACGUAUAAAGAAUAUGUAUUUUAAAGUUUGUGCUAGCUCUUAUUACAUUGUUAGGAUAAGGAACACCAUAAAAUUCAGAAAUAAAAGGGAAUUCAAAAUACUAUGCCCAAAUAUAGUAUAAAGACAGGGAAAAGUAUGGAACAUCUGUGCUCCUAGGUAGCAGUGGGAGUGAUCAAACUACAUAUUGGAUCCGAUCAUAGAGUCCUUUUUAGGCAAAACUGUCACUGAGGUCAGUGAGAGUUUCACCUAUGUAAAGUUCAUUAUGAUUAUGUCCAUCAUUUGUUAAAUAAGAAUUUCUGGUAGACUAGAUUUUGGGGAAAAAAUACCUGGAUGUGUACUAUUGGUUUCUGUACUAAUUUGCUAUGUUUAGAUCACUGGGCAUGAGUGACAUUUUGAACUAAACCCUUGUAGAUGCUGCUGGGACUUCUAAGCUUUAUGACCUAUGUAAAUUAUGUACAAACAGCGAUUUCCAUAUGAAAUGUAUCAUGAUAGUUUAGAGCAAAGAUAGUGAAUAACUGUACAAAAUUUGAUACUUAGAAAAUAAAAUACAGUGGUCUGAGCUUUACCAAUAUUUUAACAAUACUGUCAGAUUCGUAGUAGAAAAUGUUGUUGUAAAUGUAUCUUAUAAGAAAAUACAUUUCCUUUUGCCUCUGUAUAUUACUAGCUUUGUUUUCUAUGUCAAAGCUCAAAAUGAAGCAUGUAAUAAAACUUUUGUUAAAAUCACUUUCAUAAUAAACGUAAAAUGGAAU